GUGGCCUCUGCCAUUUUCCAUCCGCGCUUCUUUGCCUGCUGCCUUAUCUUGAGCAAGUCUUACCCACGCGGUACUCAAGCCCUCUUAAUUCCAAUGGUCGCGUCCCCUGACUCUGAAGACCGGCUGCCGCAUCUUGUCGAGUCUCUGAUCUCCGGGUUUGAAGAACUUCGGUCGAUUGUGCGCAUCCAAUUCGACAGUGAGAAGGCCUUGAGGGAGAAAAUCGAAUUCGCCGCAAAUGAGUAUGAGCACCUUCUAGCUGCUGGCAGCAGUUCUUCUGCAGCUUCUGUUUCUCCAAGCCGGAUCGUGAAACAGAUUCGUCCGCCUCUUACCAUUACCCGCCAUCCCGAGACAUCCUCGCAAAUCCUCAAGGCUCAGCGAGCGAUACAGUCCUACAGAGCGUUGAGCAUGGAAAUGGCGAAGACCAAUGGGGCGAAAUGCCCAGUCGCACACCACACUGGCGAACCAGAGAACCUGGAACGAGAUUUUACAACUCCAGGCGUACAAGGCACCCUAGGAUGUCCGUUCGCCAAGAUGUCGAACGGGCUCACACAGGGCCUGGACGUCGAGGAAGAUCCCAUCGCAGCAGAAUUUCACCAGGAUAAGAUCUCCGUCAGGUCACCUAAUGAUCAAAGACCAGGUCAUUGUCCCAUUCGCUUUCUGGAUCAGCAUUCUCCGGAAGAAGUUGCAAAGUAUUUCGAAAAUCACAAACAUGAAAUUCCGCGCAGCCACGAAAUCUGUGUCAGGAGAUACCAGCAGAAUGAUGCCAGUGCUCGCCAACUCGACGCGAAGUACGGCAGUCUCGUAAAUAUGAUACAAGGGCUUGGAGUCAAGCACAAGGCCUAUCUACCGGAAAGAGAUCGAAUCGAAGAGCGAGACAAAAGUGCGAUUCACGGUGUUGAGAAGUGGGCAGAAAACGUGAGCAGCGAAGCAGCACCCGCUGUCCAGGAUAUCCCGACUUCUGACGAACAGCCUCGUGUUUCACGUUUCGAACGGCCUCUCCGAGAAGUCCGAGUAGGAGAAUCUCCUAGUCGCCCUUGGGGGAUUUCCGUUCCAGCUGACAAGGAGGUUCCCCCAAGCGCUUUGCAAUCGGAGGAUGGUGUCGGUCACUUGCAGAUCAAAUCGGAAAAUUCUCGAGCGUCGCCAGACACAAAACCUGCCCGAUGUCCAGUGGACCAUGGUCAGGCAAGUCGACCUCGACUUCAGAAGACACCCAUACACGACGAGCCUGUUUCCCCGAACAGUACGGAGUCACGAACGCAGAUAAUAUUUAACGGACCUGUGUUCUUUGGGUAUUCAGCUGAUCAGGUCGCCGACCUACUGCAGAAGACCAAUCUUGGUGCAACCAUGACAGGAGCGAGUCCAGCUCGCUAGAGGAUUGUUCAUGUACUUCUUUUUUGUAUCUAUAGUGUUCAGAGCGAGAUGAUGAUGUUUACGACGAUACGAUGAUCUGGGACCAAUACCAAUAUAUACUGGCACUUCGAACGCCAGACUGUACCAUCACUGUUUAUUCACUGUUCAUUCUCAAGAGCCGGUUUUCAGUAGUUAUACA